AUGGAUGAUUUAUUAAUCUUAGGAACCACCAAAGACGAGCACGAUGAGAGGCUCCAACGCUUCUUCAUGAAAGCUAGAAAAGUGGACCUAAAAUUCAAAAAGAAUAAAGGUAGCACAUUGCACUGCAGCAAACUGAAGUACUUAGACGCUAAGAUUUUCAGAGAGAAUGGCAUUUUCAACUAUUCAACAAUGACAUUGAGAGAGGACCAGGGUCUCCUAUUGGUUGGCGCUAGAGAGGCAGUGUACGCCCUGAACCUGGAGGAUGUCACCUUGAAAUGGGCUGGGGUCUAUUGGCAGGGGUCUGAAGAACAGAAAGCAUCUUGCAGGAGCAAGGGAAAAGGCUCGGUGGAAUGUCACAACUACAUCAAGACACUUGAGACUCUAGAUGAUGGCAGGAUGUUAGUGUGUGGGUCCAACGCGUACAGCCCUAUGUGUGACUACAUGAACUACACAAAUGGAACUUUGACCCUGGAACAUAAAAGGGAAGAUGGCCGAGGGAAAGCUCCCUUUGACCCCUUUCAGAAAUCCGCCUGUGUCAUGGUUGGGAGAGACCUUUAUACAGCCAUAGCGGUAAACUUCCUGGGCACAGCACAGGUGUUCCAGCGUCACUCCUCCCCGGCUAUCAGGACUGAAUACAGAGAGUCCUGGCUUAACAAGCCCUCCUUCAUACACUUGGAUGUCAUCCCAGAAAGCGUUAACAACCUUGAUGGGGAUGAUGAUAAGGUCUAUAUGUUCUUUAGCGAAGAGGCCGUGGAGUUUGACUUGGAAAAAAAACUCAGAGUGUCUCGUGUCGCACGAGUCUGCAAGGGGGACAUGGGUGGCCAGAGGACCUUACAGAGUAAGUGGACCUCCUUCCUGAAAAUCCGCCUGGACUGCACCGUGCCCUUUGACCCUAGCUUGCCAGCUAUCAUACAGGACGUCUUCCUCAUGAAACACCAGGACUGGAGCAAGAGUGUGUUUUACGCUGUAUUUGCCCCGCAAACGAUAACUUCGGACCUAUCUACCGUGUGUGCAUUCAGUGUGGACGACAUUGGGCGGGUCUUCAGCGAAGGUAGAUAUCUCACUCCGGUGACAGCCGAGUCAGAAACAAGAUGGGUGACUUACACUGGUGACGAGCCUGUGCCACGGGCAGGAUCGUGUAUAAACAAUGCUGCGCGGGACAUGGGGGUAGAAAUCUCCCUAGACCUCCCUGACAAAACCCUCCAGUUUGUCCGUAACCGGCCACUCAUGGAGGGAGCAGUGCCUCCGCUGACCGGGGGUCCACUGUUGCAGCAGAGAGGAGCCAAAUUCUUGAGGAUUGUGGUGGACAGAGUGAUGGCUGCAGAUGGAGAAACGUACCAGGUUAUGUUUAUUGGAACAGAGGAAGGCAAGGUGCAGAAGGCUGUGCAAUAUGCUGUCGGUGACACUAUCAUUAUCGAGGAGAUCCAAGUGUUCCAGGUCACGGAACCAAUCAGAGUGCUUCGUCUUUCCUCUGGCACGAGACAUCUCUAUGCCGGCUCAGAGUCUGGAGUGGUUCAGGUUCCGGUCAGGGACUGUGGUCGUCAUGUUUCCUGUCUUGACUGUAUCCUGGCCAGAGAUCCCUACUGUGCCUGGGACACCAUCUCAGCAGUCUGUGCACCUGUCUCCAACCCAUCCUCUAUCUCCAGGAACAUUUACCAAAGCCUCAUCCAUGCAGAUGCCUCGAUUUGCCCCAGAUCAGUCCCUGCAGAGCCAGUUCCAUUGACAUUCAUUAUUAGAAGCAACAUCUACCUGCCGUGCCAACCUACUUCAAAGCUGGCACAGGUGAACUGGCAGUUUGCCGGGCAGUCCCUCCAAAUCAGUAAGAGGCACUGGGUUUUGAACCAGGGCUUGUUAAUAGUGAGUGUUGAGGCGUCAGACGCUGGCCGGUACUCCUGUCACAGUGUGGAGGAUGUCAAAGGUCGACUUUACACCAGAACCGAAGCUGCCUACAUCCUGCUACCUGCUGAGCCUCCAGUGGGCCUGCGGACAUCUGUGGCUGUGUUGUCUUUUCUGCUGGGGGCCAUGGUCCUCUGGCAUGUUAGGAGACACCUCCGAUUCAUGGGCCGAGUGAACUCAGCAGGAGACAGUCCGAACCAUGACAGGAGAGCCAUCCCUCGUUGCACCGUUGUGGGUGAUUCAAACAACAAUCACACCAUCAUCACCACUGAGGAUAUGGAUGAGCAUCAGACAAGCAGGGUCUCUGCUGCUCUCCUGUCCUCGUUCCUGGGGUUUAUGAUCAUUUGGAAUGUUGUCAGAGAUCAGCUGAGCCACAGAGAAAAGCCCAGAAUUGGAAGGAUGGAAGAAGAGCUCAAGGAAAACAUAGAUGGGCUUCGAAAAUAG